AUUCGGCCUGGGCUGGGCUGCGGAGCGAUUGGGCCGCCUAUGCAUGACGUAGUACGCAGCCGGAAGAUGGCGGACGCUGGGGCGGAUUUGCGAGGUCACUUCAGGGUUGGCGUCCGCGCAGCCCUGGAGGCCUGGCCGGCUUUGCAGAUUGCUGUGGAGAAUGGCUUCGGGGGCGUGCACAGCCAGGAGAAGGCCGAGUGGCUGGGGGAUGCAGUAGAGGAGUACUUCUUCCGCAAUGGCCAGCAUUUGCCAAAAUGCAUGCUAUGGAAGACUAGUUCUGUUAAAUGUUCAGUGAAGAAAAAGCUUCUCCAGCCAAAUUAUCUUUCUAUGGAUAGCUUCCCUACAAACCCAGCAAGACAAUUAUUUCUUGAAGGCUACGAAACAGCGCAGUAGCUGACUUGGAGCUAGAUGAGGUGGAGGACUUCCUCGGGGAGCUCAUGACGAAUGAGUUUGAUACAGUUGUAGAGGAUGGGAGUCUGCCCCAGGUGAGCCAACAGCUCCAGACCAUGUUCCAUCACUUCCAGAGGGGUGAUGGGGCAGCUUUGAAGGAGAUGGUCUCGUGCAUCACCCAGAGAAAGUGCAGGGUCAGAGCCACUGCACUUAAGACAGCCAGAGAGAUGGAUGAGACUGAUGCCGACAGUGUGGAAGAGAUGGAGGUCACAGCUACGAAUGAUGGGGCAGUUACAGAUGGGUUCUGUCCCCAGCCUGAAUCCUCUGGUUCAGACUUCCAGACUAUUAAAGAAGAGGAUAUAGUGGAGGAUGGCUGGACCAUUGUUCGCAGAAAGAAAUGAGUGGAGCUGGAAACAGCUUGAGCUCUUGUUUGCUAGUUGUUUUGAGACUCAUUUGUGGGGUUUUUUGGAGGGCUGUGGGCCUCUGAACUGGUUACCCUUCUACCCUCUCUCCAAUCCCCUAUCCAGCUCCCUCUAGGGGAGGAAGAGCACUAGGGUCUUUAUCUUGGGGUUGUGGGACCUGGUUCACCAAACCCCCUUGGGCCUUAAGUUACUGUCUAAGUAAUGAGGCCUGGUUUCCCAGUACAGUGCCUCUUCGGUGCAGUUAGUGUGAGGAGAGAAGAUAAGUGGCUGGAGAAUCUAAAUGUUUGACAGUGAGCAGGUAGACUUGGGGAGGGAGAGAACCAACAGGAGAAUCAAUACUGCUGCAUCACGGAUGGUGAGAUGAACAUGCAAAUGAGACAAAUGAGUUGAUACGAACAAAAGUAGCUGUAGUACCUCUCUCUCUCUUCUCCCCACACCCUAUACACACAGUGCAGCUCUGAACCCCUGCCCAGAAAUUGCAACCUCCCAGGAAUGCUGCCAUUCUGCAGCCCAGCCUCCAGCCCUGGGUUCCUUCAGGAAGUCUAAGACCUUGGUGAGCUUGGGGGACCAGUCUUUUGUUUUCUGUCUCCUCCAACCUCUUUUCCAGUCUCUACAUCCUACCCCAUCCAUCUCCAGGGAUGAGGCUUAAGACCUCAAAUAAUAUCUUACUGUCUAAUCUGUGCCUUGACCUGCCUUCUGAGAGCUGAGCUUCAGAGCUCAGCAUGGGAGCAAUUUCUGGGCCCAUCCUAGCAGCCCAGUACUCUGGAGUGACAAACAGAUGGACGAAUAGAGCACAGCACUCUGAAAAGUUUCCAUAAGCCCGAAAUAAACUGUAUUUUUCUUUAAAAAACAAAACAGAGAGUAUCCAUUGUCUUCCCCCGUUCCCCUGUCCUGCCCAGUGGCCCUGCCAUGGGUCUGGACAAUAAAAUACUGGGUAGCCUUGGGACCAAGUAGAAGUUGUAAGCCAUGGGAGAGGCAGGAGUGGUCUGGUCUCCACCCCACAUAGCAUCAUACAUGUAAAGACACUGGCUGAGGGGGCAAGGUUGGGCCAGGGCCACAGGGUCAGUGGCAGAGUUGGCACUUGAGUCCAGGUCUCCUGCCUCCAGUGUUUUAGAGGGAACGGGGUGGAGGCAGGAUCUGUAGGGUGUUGAGGGGAGGGGAGAAAAAUGGUCUAAUUCAGACAGGCCUAGCAAUAGCUUCCAUGCUCCCUGGGGACAGGGAUUUUAAAAAAUUAACAUCACUGUAGGAAUUUUUUUUUAAAGCCCACAUUUUGUGAAAAGGUGAAUUAAAAAACCCAAGACCCAGCAUUCGGGAUUGAAAGUGCCCACGAUGGGAAUUCAAGUAUUGACUGAGCUGGGAGGGAGGGGCUGGGGAGCCCCCAGUCAGACAUGGGCAGCUAAGGUGUGAGGCCAGGGGACCCAGUUCCUCCCAAACCCUCUAGGUCUUGUCUUGGGGCUGGGGGGCUUCGGGGGGUUCAGCAGUGGCUCCUGAAGCUGCCACUGGUACCUCCUCCAUCUCCCUGUCCUCAGACAGUGUGGGCCCUGGGCAGAACGUGUCCCCACGGCCUGCCCGACCGAGCACAGCCAUCCAGCGCCGCUGUAGCUCCUCAGUCUCAGGGCUGAAGUACCAGCUUAGGUGGCUCUGGGUGAUCUUGAAGACAUGCCGUCUGUCAGGCCGCUCCCCUGCCUCAGGAGGCCCCACCUCAAAGCCAAUGAGGGGCAGGCUGCGCUGGGCUUUUACAUCCUAGGAAACCGACAGCUGGGGUUACCUUGGGGCUUCUCACUGGUUUUGCAUCUGCUAAACCCCCUUUUUCGUCCCCAACUCAAGAACCUUCUAUCACUCCACUGGCUCCAAGAGGAAAAUGUCUGAACCUGGGCUAGAACACAGGCUGUUUCAAAUACCUGUUUCCUCCCACACCCAAGACCAGCUGGGCUAGUCUCUAGCAUAUAGCAAAUAAUGUUUUCAGGCCUUUGUCUAGGCGGUUGCCCUCAUCUGCAUCUUCUCCACUAGCAGUGUACUAUCUCCACUCCAGCUUCCUCCAAGAAGCUAGCCCCCAACUCACCCAACUUUCCCCUACAUAACUUGGCCUACAAUCACUCCUUGUCUGCAGCAGGUCUUUGUCUCUCACAAGGGCUGGGGUUUCUGAUUUCCUCUUAGGUUCACCCUAUCCCCCAAGGCUAAGGAGAGCUCAAGGACUGAGGGGGAAAUGGGGCUGACUGGUUUUACCAGGUGGCUGAAAGGAUCUGAAGGAGUAGGAUGCAUACCUGAGGGGCUCCAUAGAUGUACAGCACUAAGGGUUCAUUCUCAGGGACCACAAACCAUGCCUUGUGCCAGCCUUUCCCACCCUUCUCCAUGUAGUGUAGGAAGCUGCAGAUGACGCUGUUCUCUGCAGCCACUGAGGCUUGUUUCUGUGGCCAGAGACAUGGGGAGCGUCAAUGUUGAUAGAAGGCCUACCUUGGCUCCUCUUGGCUUCAACACCCCCUCAGUGCAGGGAUUGCUAAUGCUGAAGCUCAUGUGGCAGGAGUGAUUUGCCCCAGUGACCCCCAGUGAGUCAGAGUCAAGAUUCAAAGCCAGACUUGUCUGCUGCACUCUGGCCAUGGCUGCUGCCUCCUAAGAGUUAGACAGAGGGGUGUACUGCUCCUCAGGCAGGGGCACCUAAAUAUCAGGCAAGCAUUCUUUAAUCAGUCCAUUCAGGUACACCUUUUUUUCUGCCUCCUAAGAGUUAGGCAGAGGGGUGUACUGCUCCUCAGGCAGGGGCACCUAAAUAUCAGGCAAGCAUUCUUUCUUUAAUCAGUCCAUUCAGGUACACCUUUUUUUCAUGUUUAAUCACACAUCCAUUCCCUACACUCAGCAAGAGGCAGCCAAACAUUGUAGUUCAGGGGACUGGGUGGGUGGGUAAGGCAGUCUGGCUCAAAUUCCCAGCUCUAGAUGAAAAUGUAUUGAGACGAGGAAGGAGAGCAUAUAGGGUUGUAAGAAUUAAAUGAACUACUAUAUGCAAAGUGCUUAGAAUAAUGCCUGGCACAGGGUAAGCAUUCUUUUAAGUGUUAAAUACCUCAAUUUGGUUCAAACCAAAAAGUGUGUGUUAGGUGCAUGUGCCUAGAAAGAUAGGAAGCAUGUGCAUAGUGGUCAUCUAGUGGGUAGAAGGAAUACAGUGUUUUAAUUAUGUUUGUUUAUACUGUCCAACUUUCUUCAGGGCACAUAACUUACUUUGUAAUAAGGAAACAUAAUUUGUUAAAUUUUUUAAAAUCCCAGCUCUGCCACUCAUUGGCUGUGUAACUUGGGCAAAUAGCUUCCCUGAACCUCAGUUUCCUCAUUUGUAAAAUAGGGACAGUAAUAUCAUGGACAGAUUGGUUACAGUGAGGAUUAAAUGUCUAGGUAAAGCACUUAAAUAAAAAUAACUUGUGUUCA